AGAAAAUUUUGCAACGAAAGUGUAUAUUCCGUCUUACCGAAAAGUACCAUAAUUAAUGAAAUGGAUAUUGACACGUUGUAUGACACAGUGUCAAGUUAUGUAACAAGUCAACAAAUUAAAUGUUGCAAUGAGACCAGAGUGGGCCCAUAUAAUGCAUUUGGCAAGAACAUCUGUUCAGACUAUUUUCACAAUGUUCGGAAUACAUGCCUAGUCUAUUCGUUUGGCUCACAGAUGCAUUUCGAGUUUGAAAAUUCCAUUUGGAAAGAUUACAGAUGUGAAAUUCAUACGUUUGACCCCAGCCUAUCGACAAAUGGUGUGAAGAUACCAAAGGGAGUUAACUUUCACCUCAUCGGACUUUCUGAUAGUGAUUCUAUGGUUCCGGCACCGCCCACUUUAAGAGACUUUUCAACUUGGGAAAUGAAAUCUCUGUCAUCCAUAAGACGGUCACUAAAUCAUAAAAAGAGAUAUAUAGAUAUUUUGAAGAUCGAUAUUGAAGGCUGGGAAUGGAAAGCUUUACCUGCCGCCAUACAGUCACGUGACCUAAGCUAUGUGAGACAAAUUUGUUUGGAAAUUCAUUUCGGAUUUCAGUUUAAGAAUGUAUGGCCUGACAACCGUGAAAUGGAUUAUAAACAACUUUCAAACACUACAUGGGGCGAUGUUACAUUUGCCAAUCAAAUUGAAGUGUUGAGAGGUCUGUAUGACAACGGAUUUAGGAUUUUUCGAUGGGAGCUUGUCCCAGGUUGCAGAAUGUAUAAGUCAAGAAAUUCUCAAAAAAUAAUCAAUGUGCUCGUAGAAAUAUCGUUAGUGAAUAUACAUCGUGAAAUGGACGCCAUAGAAUCACGAUGAAUCAUUCUUUAAAGAUCCUGUAACACAAAUUUGUUAUGGUUUUAUAUCAUAAAUAUGAUGCUCAAAUUAAGAUUUAUCAAUUUUGUAAGUUCUAAAAAGCAUUUUUUUAUAAUGAUAUUAGCAAAUUUAAUAUUUCAUGACCUAUAUGUAAAAAUAUUUGCAGUACAUAUUUUACAUGUUCUUCGAUGUUUAAAAAUUGUUUUAUAAGCAUAAUUACAUUGUAUAUACAUAUAUAUAUAUAAUUUCACUAAAGUGUGGUAUACAACCUCAAUUACAACAUACAUGUACAUGAUCUUUAAUUUUUUUAGACAGUUUUAACAAUAAACUUAUUUACUGUACAUAUAUCAAUUGACUAUGA